GUAUACGAUUACAAUCAGCACAAACGCAUCCUAACUGCAAAUACUUCUCUGUUCAAUCAGAAGAAAGAAUUUUACAAAUUAAAAAAAUACUUUAAAGCAUUUACAGCACGAAGUGAAUCGCACCCUAAUCACAUCUGUUACUUUGAAUAUAAAAGUGCAGGAAAACGCAAAUCAAAACAAAUAGACCUCAUACCUCCGUAGUUACGACGCAAUUUCAUAUAUAAGUUUGUACACAAUGUUGCACAAUUGUUCACGCAAUCGAUUUAUAAUGCCAUUUUAAUCAGCAAUUUGCUCCAAUUAUCAGAUUGAGCAAUACUUCAUUUUUGCGAAGACGCCGACUCCUUUCCGAUUUAUUUCUUGCAGAUAGUGGUCGAUGGGCUCGAAAAUUUGGAUAUGGAAAAACAUACCGGGCAUUCCAGGUCGAUGCAACGACAUAGUUUAUACACGGCCGAAAUUGCAGUCAACGCACGAUCUUCUUAUAUUUUUUGGCGGCGACGUCCAAGAUAUUCAAAAAAACAUGGAAAAGCAUUCGGAUAGCAAGAAAUAUGCAAAAUGGAGCUUAGAGAACACAGCGACUAUACUAUCUGAACAAUUUCCUAGAAGUCAUUUAUUUAUUGUUCGUCCAUCAAGGAUGACAAUAACUAAACACGCAGUAUUCAGUUGUUUUGAUAAUUUCGUAUCAGGAGAUACAUAUGGCACACCUACAUUUUGCCCAAUGUACAAUGCUUUAAGGCAUUUAAAAGAUCUCAUUACUUGCUGCUUAGAACAUGUUAAAACAUUAAAGAUUGAACAAGAUACUGAUAUCUAUAAUAUCGAAGCUACAAACUUAAGUCUAAUGGGCUUCAGUAAGGGAUGUGCAGUUUUGAAUCAGUUUCUUUAUGAAUUUCAUCAUUACGAUAACGACUCGAAUAACGAUCCCAAUAUAAAUAAUUUUAUCAAACUUAUCAAAGAUAUAUGGUGGUUAGAUGGCGGACAUAAUGGUCCCAAAAAUACGUGGAUUACAAAUGAGGAUAUACUUCGUUCCUUUGCUAAAUUAAGAAUAAAUACUCACAUACAUGUAACGCCAUAUCAAAUGCAAGACAAACAUCGACCAUGGAUUCAGAUGGAAGAAAAGAGUUUCAAUGAUACCUUACAAAGGAUGGGAGUAUCUGUACAACAAACUUUACAUUUUAGUGAUAAAGCGCGAAACCUCUCAUCGCAUUUCAAUGUUCUUACAGAUAUCAGAAGUAACGUGCAAUAAAACUAUCGUAUUCUUCUCUAAAUUUACGGUAUAAUCGAGCAUUUGUGCUCGAAGUUGUGUUAUGAAUCAUAAAAUAGAUCGCAAUUUCUUUACAUCAUCAGGAUCAAAAUAAAAUAUAAAGUCAUGUGAAAAUUAUGAUCUUGUUGACAAUAUUAUAAUUGAUAUAUUUCUGUAUUGCGAACUAUUUUAUAAUUUAUACAAAAAGUUUAACAGAAUCUAUUUUCGCAAUGUACAUAUUGAUUAUUAUUUAUAUUUUAAUAAUACAC